UCCUAGAUUUCAAUGACCACCUUAGACUAUUUUAAGCAAACGCAAUACACUGAUAAGUAAUCCGUCUUAGACCCAAAAAACUAAAUAUAGCAAGAGUCCUUGAAUCUAGAGAGGCUACUUAUCAUUGAAAUUCAGUUUCAACAAUGGCAGAAAAAAUCACCAGCCACGAGAACACAAGGUAUGCAGUGGUGACAGGGGGAAACAAAGGAAUAGGAUAUGAAACAUGCAGGCAACUAGCAAAGGAAGGAGUAGUGGUAGUGUUGACAGCAAGGGAUGAAAAGAGAGGAAUUGAAGCUGUUGAAAAGCUCAAAGAGGAGUACUCAAGCAUUAAAACUGAAGAUGAUCAGAUUUUGUUUCAUCAACUUGAUGUUAUGGAUCCAGCUAGUAUUUCUUCUCUCGUGGACUUCGUCAAUACUAAAUUUGGAAAGCUCGAUAUUCUGGUUAACAACGCAGGAGUUGGUGGAUUAAUGGUAGAAGGAGAUGUUGUUAUAAUAAAAGAUUUAAUAGAAGGAGACUUCGUAACUAUUUCUGCUGAAAAUGGGGAAGAGGGUGGUAUUAAGAAAUCAAUUGCAGGUAUUGAGCGUAUAGUUACAGAUUAUGAGUUGACAAAACAAUGCCUAGAGACAAACUUCUAUGGUGCAAAAAGAAUGAUUGAAGCAUUUAUUCCCCUCCUUCAGCUCUCUAAUUCCCCAAGAAUUAUUAAUGUCGCUUCUUUCUUGGGGAAGUUAAAGCUAUUAUGCAACCAAUGGGCUAUAGGAAUGCUAAGUGACGCUAAAAGCCUGACAGAAGAAAGGGUGGAUGAAGUGUUGAAUGAAUUUAUUAAAGAUUUUAAAGAGAAAUCAAUAGAAGCCAAAGGAUGGUCAACUUACUUCUCAGCUUACAAAGUCUCGAAAGCAUCCCUGAUUGCUUACACAAGGGUUUUAGCUACGAAAUAUCCGAAUUUUCGGAUAAAUUCUGUGUGUCCUGGCUUUUGCAAAACAGAUGUGAACUGCAAUACCGGGAGCUUAACUGCAGAAGAAGGUGCUGAAAGCUUGGUGAAGCUUGCCCUGUUGCCAAAUGAUGGACCCUCUGGUCUCUUCUUUUAUAGAAAGGAAGUCACCUCUUUUUGAGCAUUGCCAUAUCCAGCUAUUGGUUUGCGGGUUCAUACUUUGAUGUAUGAGUCUUAUACAUGUAGGAAAAACAUGUAUGAAUAAAGUUAGACAUAAGUUGCAAUGUUUGAAUUAAAAAUAAUGUCUAUAUUUUGGUAUGUGCCAAUACUUUGUAAAUUAAAGGAUGCAUUCCUCCUUCCUUAUUUAUGGGGUUUAUUAUUUUGUCGUUUUUUCCGGA